UUACGACAGUUUCACAAACACACACACGUCACACUUUACGGUAGACUGAGCAAAGGCAGGAAGCUGUCAGAAGGCAAUGCGCAUUGGACUGCCCAGUGCAGAGACGCUGCAAGGUGGAUCCUUCAAAUCUUUGAUUUUGACAGUACUCCUGAGUGUGUUUAUGUUCCAAGUGCUGAGGACUGUUGGACUGAGGGCGUUCUCCAUGGCAUCUGAGACGUACACGUCGGGCACACACUCUGCCGCUUUUGUCACCUGUCCUAAUGACACAGUGGCCAAAGACUUGGCCAGGGGUAUUGUGGAAAGGAAGUUAGCUGCUUGUGUUAACAUCAUCCCAGCAAUUAAAUCCAUAUAUGAAUGGCAGGGGAAGAUUGAGGAGGACAAUGAAGUGCUUCUGAUGAUCAAAACGAGAAGUUCCAAGGUGCCUGCUCUUGCUGAAUAUGUCCGCUCCAACCAUCCUUAUGAGGUGGCUGAAGUCAUCAGUCUGCCGAUUGACCAGGGCAACCCGCCCUACCUCAAGUGGAUAGGAGACAUUGUCCCCGAGUAAGGACGGCCUGACACAUGAGCGGACGGUUGAACAGAUCGAUGGGUGGAUGUAAAAAUUAAUCUGAAUUAAUGUGAAAUGUUUUCAAACCCAGACAUAUUCUGAACACUGCCAUCCAAAUCUGUGGUAUUAUCAUUAGUAGCUGCAUAAAAGCAGGAACAUACAAGGUUCCCAUUGUCUAACUUUUUUUUUAAAUGAAUAAAAAAACACAUUUUCUAAAGAAUG